UAGCUCCGUGCAGAAAGAGAAAUCUGUUCAGGUCUGGCCACUGUCUAAAGAAAGAAAAGAAGAGAACCGGUGGGUAAAAUCAGCUCUCAGUCAGCUGUCCGCAAGGCAGAUGGAUUUGUCGCCGUUCCUUCGCCUCUGAAGGAGAAUGUGCAACCCAGCUGGAGAAGUGAGACAGCUAAGGGAGAAGCAGUGCCAGUUUGUGCCUAUCACACUGCGAAGCUGUGAACGUUCAGAAGCAACCCUACUUCACUUGUGCUCUCUCUGGAAAGUCAAACCUUCUGGGUCUGGUAGCCCAAGAGCAAAGAUCUCACCGAUCCGGACAAGAGACGUUCCUGGGACAACCUGUAAGAAGAUGCCUCUUUAAAAGCCCCCAGGUAGGGUCCUUGUGGGGUCAAACCUGCUCAGGUUCCUUCCAGCAGCAAAAGAGCAAGCAAAGUCUGGGGAGAAGAUGACUAUCCAUGAAAACAGCUUUCCUCUGCAACUUAAAGAUUUUUAGCAUCUCCGAAAAUUUACUGCAAUAUCGAACGCAUGAAUCCAACAAGGACUCCUUUCUUGGACUGUGUAGAAAAAGGAGCAACGUGUUUAUGAGUGAACAGAGGAGGAUGGACAAGGCCUGAGUAAGCAAUGACUGAACUUGUCUUCAGACACCAUGGAAACCUUACUGGCCGUUCUCACCCACACCCAACAUUGGCUACAGAAGCAGCAAUCGCAGAUAAGUAUUCUAACCUCUAUAUGUAUGUGGGCCUGUUCCUAACCCUGCUAGCCAUCUUGCUCAUUCUUCUGUUCACAAUGCUUCUCCGCUUAAAGCAUGUUAUAUCUCCCAUCACCACAUCUCCAGAGAGAACGGAGAACGCCCAGGAGUUCACAGAUGUGGAAAUGCAUACCAGGAUUCCCAGCCCUUAAAAAAAUGGGACACAACGCGCUGCCGAGAAACAUGUGAGACGCACCUUUCACUGGAUGAAAUGUGAGAACAUUGUCCACUGUUGAAAACGGUCCAGACCAAGGGUCAACAAUCUGCGGCUCUGGAGCAGCAUGUGGCUCUUUUAUCCCUCUGCUGCGGCUCCCUGUCACCCGUC